AAACGACGAUAAAAUCAGCUGAAUUCUCGCCCGAAACAAAAGACGAUCGACCGCUCAGCUGUUUUCGCCGGGGAGGAGACGGAGGCCGAGACGUCCCGUUUUUCUUAUUUUUUUUCCAUUUCUUCACCAUGAGCAAAGUACUUAAGGCAGCAUGGUUUGGUACCAAGGUUGGGCUCGGCGUUGGAGUAGUCUAUGCCACAGUAGACCAGGGCAUAUGGGGCAGCAGUAGAGAGGCUGCUGCUGCGUACGACAGAUUGUAUGAUAUUAUGCCCGGGACGAAAAAUGUAUCGGAAAAGUAUUUACAACUCCCCAGGAAGGAGGACGUCAACAUAAACUUCCGCAGCUACUGGAACACGGGAGUCUUUUAUACCUUCGAUUUCAUUGCCAACAUCCCCACCAAGAUAGUUGGAUUAAAAGAUUCUGCUGUAGACUUCGUGAGCUCGUCCCUUGCAUCGGAGAAACCAAAAGAAGAGGAAAAUAAACCAGAGGAGAGUCAAGCUGCAGCAGCCCCCCCUCCCCCUGCCGUUAGCGAUGCUGUGCAGGCCGAGGCAGUGAGUGCAGAAGAUGUUAAGAGCUAGGAGUUUUUUCCCAAUAAAGGCACGGAAGAGGUUGAUUUCUUUUUUCUUUUAGAACCACGAGGCAGAAAACUUUUUAAAAAGCCCAAUUAAUUAUUUUAUUAUGAUUUAUUUAUUGUUCAUUUUCUUAUCUUCUUUAACGGACGCAUAGAUGGAAUUUAUUUUAUUCUGCAGUUUCUGUCAUUGACUUUGUAUAUAGUGAUCAAUAAAAGUAAAGGCUAC